UUGCAUUGAGUCGAGAAGUCUUUGCUUAACAGUUUUUUCUUAGUUAGUAUGGUCUAGAACUCGCUAUAGAGCAAGUCGCAAUUGAUCGUGUCUAAAUAAUAGUAGUAAACAAGUAUAAUUAAUUAAGAAAAAGCUAUGUUUAUCAAAAACUUUAAACUAUUUGCCAUUUGUGUAUUAGGCUUAAAUAUGUAUGCGCAAGCACGUAGCGUAUCUGUCUCUCAGGUAGGGGAUGUUAAUAUUGCUAGAUCGGGGGACAACUGGACAUGUGAUAGAAUCGAAUGUCCCAUGAGUGCUUAUCGUUGUUUCGUUUCAAAAUCAAAUGAAGACGAUCCUUCUGUUUUAACACGUGUCAAUGCUUGCUUUACCAAGGACAAUCGUUUAAUUGCUCACGAAGCAUUUUACUCUCACGCUGAUCCCAAAUCCCGUAUACGUGUACAAGUUACUUCUACACGUAAUGGCAAUAUAGUAUCCUCUACAAAUGGCUUAGAAAAUUACGAUGAAGAAAAAGUGAAUGCUCAUAUUCAGGGUGAAAUGAAUAAGAUGCAAGCCAACGUAAAUGCCCAAAUGGAAAAUUUACAUGCAAAUCUUCAUAGUAUGAAUGAAAACAUUAAUGCAAAUAUUCAAAAUCAAAUGCAAGAUUUUCAUCGUUAUCUAAAUUAAUUGAUUUGGCAAAAUGAUGAAAAUUUCUAACAAGCGAAUGAAUGAUUUGUUGUGUAUUUUUGGUUCCAAAUUUUUGGUUUUUUAUUAUUGAGAAUCUAUUACAAAAUCGUAUGCAAAUAAAAUUUAUUGUUUAAAGCAUUUUAA